GUAGCGCAAGGUGUAGUGCGUGGUACCAGACCCAAUGUAGCUGACGUUGGUUUAUUUUAAGGUGUUUGCGUCUCAGGCUAAUGUUUUUUGCAGGAUACUAAACCAAAUUAGUUUUACUUUUUAAGUAAGUGGCAUAAUGCAUACAUCAAUCUUAAACGCAUGCCCAUUUUCGUACUCACAGCUGUGCCUACUUUGGUGUAUUUUGCAAACUGCCUUGGCUCAGACGAACCUCGGACAAAGAAGACCGUCACAGACGAAUCCUUUCAGAACACGUGUCAGGUGGGAAAACAACGGACGCGUCUUUAAUUUGUUUAGCCAAGGCUCUCAAUAUGUCCCGUCGGGUUUGAGGGCUCGCCAAUCGAACCCCCAUGGCUCUGUCGUAGUCAUUAGCGACACUAAUAAUGAUACAACCGACGGGUUGAGCGCAUCCUCGAUUGAUGAGCGAAGGGAAGACUCCAGAAGGGCUCAGAGGCAACCGCUGGUGAGGACACAAGGCACACAGCGGAGAUCAUCACAAGACGGCCAAGGGGAAAUUGAUGCGCAUGGUGGUGCCAUAGCGCGUCCAACGGGCUCUCCAUCCGUGCGCAACGGUGGAACGGCGGAUAUCAUGGUCGGUGAUGACCCGUAUGAUCCAUACAAAUCUUAUACAAAUCCUUACUACAACUUUUACGACGCCUACUUUCAUCCGAGACCGCGCUUCCGAGAGAGUGAAAACCCGAGCUCCAACUCUGUCCAACAUGGGCUCCCAGAUUUGGUGCCAGAUCCUUAUUACGUCCAGAUAUCCACGUAUGUACAGACAUCUUCCAUGUAUAACCUCCGCUGUGCAGCAGAGGAGAACUGCCUUGCAAGCUCAGCAGCAUCAGCAAGAGAUUAUGAUACCCGAGUGCUGUUGCGCUUCCCUGGGCGUGUGAAGAACCAGGGCACUGCCGACUUCCGGCCAAGCCGGCCGCGCUAUGCCUGGGAGUGGCACGCCUGCCAUAGCCACUUCCACAGCAUGGCUGAGUUCUGCCACUACGACCUGUUGGACGCCAAUACACAUGUGCGUGUUGCUGAGGGACACAAGGCCAGUUUCUGCCUGGAGGACACGUCAUGUGACCCGGGAUACUACCGCCGCUACGCCUGCACGUCUCACACACAGGGACUGAGUCCUGGGUGCUAUGAUACCUACAAUGCUGACAUUGACUGCCAAUGGAUCGACAUAACCGACAUUAAGCCAGGAAAAUACAUUUUAAAGAUCACCGUGAAUCCGGGCUUCCAAGUUCCUGAGUCUGACUUCAGUAAUAAUGUUGUGCGCUGUGAUGUUCAGUACACAGGGAACUAUGCUCACGUGUCAGGCUGUCACGUGACUUCGAAUUAAUUACUGGAGGGGUCCUCAGUGUGUGACGGCCAUCUUUAGCCCUUGAACCAACUUCAUUUGUGAAGUGGUCUCUGGAAGAGCCAUCAAAGAAAGAGAUGUCUAUUUGCAGUAGCAAUGUGCAAAAAACGUAUCUCAAUAACACUGAAGGCACGUCUAGAGAGUAUUACAUCAACUGUUCUAAUACAAUCAUUGUUUUACAGUAUUCUAGAUUAUUAGGCUAAUUGUAAUAAGCAGGACUUCAAAUCAAAUACAUGUUAAUGCAUUUA